AUGGAGCCCAAUCCGAGCCUCUGCAAGUACCCUAACAAGCCGUGCCUGAACGCCCGCUCGAGCAAGAAAAAUGGAUCGCUGCACAACCUGUGCGAGUACCACCGCGAGAAGGCGAACGCGAUGCAGCAGCUCUACAUGCUCAAGCGCAAGUCGCUCGACCAGCGGUCGCCGUCCACGCGGCCUAAAGACGUGCUCGCGUACUGCGAACUCAUCGAGAAGGCCAAGGCCCUCCAGCGCACGUCGAGUUUGGACCUCGAACCCAUUGCGUUUGCCGUCGACGGCGUCACCGAGGAGCUGCCGCCGCUCUCCCAGAUCGACUUUGACAUUUUGCUCACGUCCAUGGAACUCACCGAAGACUCGGCCGAAUUUGAAAUGCUCGGGUCGCCGAGUACGUGGUCCUACCACUAG